AUGGUCACUAAAAAUUCUGAUCAUAUAUGUAUUCAUCAUUCUCGAUGUUAUAACACACCUAUAUGUUAUCCGUUGAUAUUGAUUGACCAACGAAUAAGUCCACCAAAACAAAAAGAAACAUGCCAGAAAACAACAACAAUAGCAGCAUUAACGUUAAAAAUAGCCGGUGAGCGAGUGAAUGAGAGGAGUAUGCCAAAUGCAUCCUUUCAAACGAAAGCUAAAGAUGAUAUUUGUGCUACAACAACAUGGUCUCGAUAUGGUAUUACUUUACUUGGUGGUAAAGGAACAGAAUCAUCGUCUGUUAACCUUAAUUAUUCUCGAGGAAUGUUUAUUCGUGCAAAUCAAACACUUUAUAUAGUAGAUAAUGGUAAUUCUGGGUCGUAA